AUGAUUCUUCGCAUAGCAAGCCUCCCCACGGCUCGCAGGCCAUGCCACGACCACAGCAGUCUUUCUCGUCUCUUCGUGCUCCCUGUGCGCGCAUCCCGCGGCGUGCAUGGAACGUCUGCAGCUCCUGCCUGGAAGCCCUCCAUGGCCCUGGAUGAAUGGGUGCAGCGUGAAGCUCGGCCUAUAAGCUUGCGCCAAUUGACCUUUUUCGGACGCACCCUGACCGAGUCUCGGUUGCUUGACAGCGCCAACUAUUGCCGUCUGGAGCUACCCACCAGAAUCGCCCAUCGUCUUCGUGACAUCCAGACGUUGCCCUACGUUGUCGUUGCCAACCCGCAUCUCGCCCAUGUCUACGAACUGUACCACCGAGCCUUCGAACGCUUCCGCCGCGUCAAGGAGAUCAGAACUUUGGAAGAGAAUGACAACUAUUGCAAUCUCCUCGAGGAAACGCUUGCCGAGCAUGCAACCGUCAUACCCCGGCUUGCAAUUGGAAUGUUGGAAGUCCAAGGCCUCAUGAAGCCCGAGGAAACCGACCGGUUCAUGAACACCAUGCUGAGAUCGCGCAUCUCCAGAAGGGUCAUUGCAGAGCAGCAUUUGGCCCUCACUGAUACUUUCAACUCCCCCUGGCAUUUCCCUCAUGCCCAGUCCGCUCACGACACCGAGGCAGUGGGUGAGAUAUUCUUGCGCUGCAAUGCCAGAGAGAUAGUGGAGCGCUGUGGGAAGACUACCCAGGAUCUGGUCAGGAAAGCCUACGGUCCGCAGGCAGCCAUACCUGAGAUCCGCAUCAACGGGCAUUUGGAUGCUACCUUUCCCUAUAUCCUGAGCCACCUAGAGUACAUCAUAGGUGAGCUUCUGCGCAACUCAAUCCAGGCUCUCAUCGAGCAGCGCCAAUGGAAAGACACGACGCCGCCUCCCAUUGAGGUCUUGAUCUGUGAGACUUCGCAACAUGUCAUCAUCCGCAUUUCAGACCAGGGCGGCGGCAUUCCCACCGAGAUCCUUCCCCACCUGUGGAGUUUCAGCAAGGGGCCCCGCCGCCAGAAGAGAAUCGAGAAUCUUGCCCGGGUGCCGAAACUCUUAGGCACGCUCCAAGAGCUGAAGGUCCCUGGUCAUCAGUCUCAUCAGCAUGCUCCAGCGCCCAACACGAAGACCAAAUAUGGCGACUCUCGCAACCACCAAGGCUCCUUGUCCUCGCUGGCAAGUCGUCCUCCCGACUUGCGGCUGGGCAUCGGCUUGCCUAUGUCCAGGAUUUAUUCAGAAUACUGGGCCGGUAGCCUGGAGAUUCACAGUCUGGAAGGAUUUGGCGUCGACGCGUUCUUGCAGAUCUCAAAAUUGGGCAACAAGAAUGAACGCCUCACAACCCGUGCGAUGAUGGAUGCUGUCUAA